CAAAUGCGUCUUAUCUAUAAUUAAUAAUAAUUUUUUAUUGUACUUUGAAAUUCUUACUCUAUAAUAUUUGGUCGUUAAUAUCUAAUUGUGCAGUACUGUUGUUUUGUGACAUUUCUUAAUUCGUCCGUACCAUUGGACAUUUUUAUUUAAGAAAUUAAAGUAGGAACCCGAAAAAAUGAAAAUUAAGAUUCUAGCAAUAUUUAUUGUCUGCAUUGGUUAUGCUAGUGCUGAAUACUGUUACAGCGAUGUUGUUGGAGCUUGUAGUCCAGUUGGUGGAGAGGUACAAAACUGUAAUUCAAAGUAUGGUGCACUAAAAGGAGAAGAUAUACUUGUAAAUUUCCAAUCUUACAUAAAUAAGCACAUCAUGCGCAGUUUUCAAUAUUUAUUAAUGUCAUCUCAUUUUGGAAACUAUGAAAAAAACCGAGAAGGUUUUGAGAAAUUAUAUAGAAAACUGUCUGAUGAUACUUGGCAUCAAGCUAUUGAUAUGGUGAAAUUUAUAACAAAACGUGGAGGGCAUAUGGAUUUCCGUAUGAUCGGUGAAGAUAAAAGUGAUAAGGCUAUUGAUUAUGAAAUGUAUGAAUUGGGAAGUAUGGCCAAAGCACUUGAUAUGCAAAAACGCUUAGCUUCUGAAGCCUUUGAUAUUCAUGCUGAGGUUACACGUAAAAAGGAGCAUGAUCCUGAGGUUGCAUCUUACUUGGAAAACAACUUUGUACACAAGCAUUCAAGUAUCGUAAGAGAGUUAUCUGGUCAUACAAAUGAUUUGAAACAUUUGAUUGGAAAUAACCCUGAUCCUAGCUUGUCGCUCUAUUUAUUUGACGAGUACUUGAAAAAAUCAAUCUAAUUAAUUUUAUUCUAAAUACUGUUAUUUAUACUAUAAAAUAUAGAUUUACUUUGACAAUUUACUUUAUAUAAUACUUUAUAAUCCCAACUUUUUUAACAUUAAGUUAAUUCAUAAAUAUACUAUACAAUAAAAUAUUUUAGAACUAUGAAUUAUUUAUACUGUAAUCAUAAAUCAUUUUAAUAAUUAUAUUUAAAUAAAAUUUAAAAGCAAAAACUGUAAGAAUACAUAUGAAUAUGAUUCUUUUUUAUUGAAUAUUUAUUUAUUUUUUGUUAUAAUUAUUUAAUCAAAACUGAUUUAAAACUUUAUAGCUUAUGAACUAUUAUGAAUAAUAAUUUAAGUUAUAUUGUU